AUGCGCGAUGGCAUGGAGGAGAAGUCUGGUCCUGAGGCGUACCAAAGCCGAGUUGUCAAGGCCGGUAUCAUGAUGCAAGAGGGUGGAUAUAGCAAGAAGGACUUCGACUUGAUCACGGAUAUCCUAGGUGGUAUGGCACCUGAUGGCUCGCCAACGGUUCAGACUAGGGCAAACUACCCGCGUCAUCUUCGUGUUGAGCAAGGCGCAUGGGCAGCUCAGAUCCGUACGACUCGAAAUGCACAAGAAGCUUGGGCCCUGUUCAAACAUCCCCCAGAACAAGGGAUGAAGCCUACGUUUGAGGUGUACAGAGAGUUGAUAGCCAAGCUCUCUGCGAAGCCAGCAAAAUCCGGGCAUCACAACCUCCCCGGAGAUGGGAGGGAGGUUUUCCCCUACAACGACGAGAACCUGAGCGACUUCGAGAGGGCGCGGACCAACCCACCCAGCAUUCGCAAGAUUGUGGAAGAGAUGUACAACGCGGAUAUUCCCAUUUGCGGAGCAUUCUUGGCUGGACUCAUCAAGCAGUCACCAAGCGUUGACAUCGCUUUGCAUCAUGUCGAUUGCAGUAGCUUGGAGGACGGACUCAAAAGCAGCAUUAGGCAGAGCCUGAAAGACUACCAAGGUCUCACGGGGAGUGCGUUGACCAACCCGCCCCACGACAUACUACAUGCAUUCAUCGACCUGCUUUGUCGCCUCCAGCCAAACCGAACAUCGAAUACACCCUCGCACAUCUCCAACAAGAGCAUGUAUAGCAUCCACUAUGCAUUUCAACUUGCGCAAAUGGGCUGGACUUCAGCCGACAUCUCUGGCCGGGCGCCAUGGGAGACGAUACUCUUUAACUUGGGCAGAUCCAACAUCAUGGUCAGCAACAGCAAGCCCCGCGAGAACAAUAUCGAAGUCUUGCAUCUGGCGAUCAAAGCCCUAAAGAUGGCUGAGGGACAUUCCGGACUCAAUCUCAACAUGAUCACUGCAUUUGCCAGUGUACUACGGAAAGCGGUUCAGCCCCGACUUGCCGCCUUGCUUACCAUAGAUGCGGCCAAAUCGCCAAUUCGUUCUGAGGAACAACCAACUGACGAAAUGGAAACGGGAAGCCUGCGCGUAGAAGACACGGCUGCUUCACGGACUAUAGACGAAGAUGAAGAGUUUCUGUCGCUAUAUCAAGCGCAGAAUAGCAAAAUCAAGAGCCCCAAGGGCCGCAUCUAUCGACUUCAUAGCUCUUUCAGUAAGCUAUCAUAUCGCCAAAUCCUUACCCCUAUCUUCCAAAGCGAAGAGCUGGGUCACGGCCACACAGCAAUCGAGACAGUCCAAAAAGCGUCGAGCCAACUCAAAGCUGCGUGGAGAGCGCUCGCCACUCUAGGUCCCGCGCCCAAACCCGAUGUUAACAAGCUCGUGACAGCAGCUACGAUCAACACGUACAUGCGCACACUCGCGUUCCUUGGCGAUCGCGAGGAGAUGGUCCUGCUAAUGUGGUGGGUCAUCCGCGAGUGGACUCCCAAGGCCGGUGAUGACCUUUCCCUGGCGCACGCGCGGUACCUUGCGAGGGCAUUCCGUGCGUUUCGAGCCUACGCGGAACCUUUGCUCGACCAGGAGACAGUGAUGGCUUUACGCGAGGAGGUCACGGCAAUGAGCGGUAGCAGGAAUGGGGGAUCGAUGCACUGGCCUUCCGAUGAAGAGGUGGAGGAGUAUAUAUACGAGGAUGAGUGGGGAAACCAUCAGAAUCUACACGAAGUCAUCAAGCGUGGCCUGGCCAUUGGGCGAGAGCAACCUGGGCUGGAAGAAGACAUCCGGGAGAAAGAGACAUCCAACGGGAAGUGUCGGAUAGGGGGUGGACGUGUAAGAUAUGUGUAA